AUGGGUAAUGCGAAGCCAGUGAGCACACCUUUAGCGAAUCAUUUCAGAUGUCUAACCUCACAGUGCCCAAAGACAGAAAAAGAAAUUGAAGACAUGUCAAAGGUUCCAUAUGCUAGUGCAGUGGGGUGUCUGAUGUAUGCUAUGGUUUGUACCAGGCCGGAUUUGGCGCAUGCAGUUAGUGCAGUGAGCAAGUUUAUGGCGAAUCCAGGGAGACAGCAUUGGGAUGCAGUCAAGUGGAUUUUCAGAUACUUGAGGAGUACUACAGACCAUGGUAUCAUGUUUGUCAGACAGCAGGAUGAUCCUUCAGUCGUGGGAUAUGUUGAUGCAGAUUAUGCAGGGGAUUUGGAUGACAGGAGGUCGACUACAGGCUAUGUAUUCACUCUUGCAGGAGGGCCUAUCAGUUGGAGGUCCAUGGUACAGUCUCUAGUUGCACUAUCUACGACUGAGUCAGAGUAUAUGGCAGUGGCUGAGGCUGCCAAGGAAGCAUUGUGGUUAACAGGAUUAGUCCAAGGAGCUGGGUGUUCAGCAAGGUGGAGUUCAGUUGCAUUGUGA